GUGGAGCAGGUUUUUCUUUGUGCACGUAUUGUUUUUCCUAGAUUUCAGUCACUUAACUAAAUCGAAGUCUCGACGACGUGUCCAGCAUUAGCCACAUUACGGACUCAAACAUCUGUCUUCAAGUGUGGGCACUCGUUGAAGUUUUGUCGCCUACUUUAGCCUAGCCUAGCUGGCCAACCGCUAACAAAACUGCAUGGCGUUCAGAAAUCAAGUGGGGAAUAUGUUCGCGAGAAAUACACUGGCUGCAGAAAAGUUCCAGGAGGAACUUUGUGGAGUAAAAGAGGAGCCCCCACGUCACCAAGACUCGACUAUGUGCAACAUGAUGCACGCAAAGGUUGUUCUUCGCAGACUCGAAGAUCUAUAUGUCAGCCAAACCCAUCAUCUUGACCAACAGGAGUCUUCAUUCGUCAAGGGGGAGGAGGAAGAUUCGCCAUACAUCAAGGAGGAAGAGUCAGUUCACAUUAAAGGUUUCAGCAAAUAUCUUGGUCCUGGCGCUCAACAGCUAAAGAGAGAAGUACAACUUCCAAUCAAAAAGGAGGAGGUAGAGCUGCCAUAUGUUAAAGAGGAAGACGAUAUCACCAUGUCGACUGGUGAGCCCUUGAAUAGUGAAGAUGGUCCGAGUGAGGCCAGCAGAGGGACGGAGCCUCCAAGCAGCAGCAGCUCAACAGAACGAUCGCAAGCACACAUUUUCAUCGCACCAUCAGAUAGAAAUGGCACCACGUCACACUCACCUUACAAAGAUGAUGGUCAUAAGAAAUCUCACCGUGACUACAAACUCUGCAAAUGCUCUCAGUGUGGGGAAACCUUUGUUAAUAACUAUAGUUGUCGUAUGCAUAUGAAGAGCCACACUGGUGAAAAUCCUCCUGUCUGCUCAGUUUGUGGUCAAAAAUUCCCUCAGAAGAGCAAAUUAGACAGACACACUAGAACCCACACUAGUGAAAAACCUUUUUCCUGCUCAGUUUGUGGUCAAAGAUUCACUCAACUUAACAACUUAAAAGUACACACAAGAACCCACACUGGUGAAAAACCUUUUUCCUGCUCAGUUUGUGGAAAAAGAUUCACUCAAAAGGGCACCUUAAACACACACAGAAGAAUCCACACUGGUGAAGAACAUUUUUCCUGCUCAGAUUGUGGUCAAGGAUUCAGUCAUAAGAGUGCCUUAAAAGUACACACAAGAACCCACAUUGGUGAAAAACAUUUUUCCUGCUCAGUUUGUGGUAAAAGAUUCGCCCAGAAGGAAUACUUAACAAAACACACAAGAACCCACACUGGUGAAAAACCGUUUUCCUGCUCAAUUUGUGGUAAAAAAUUCACUCAGAAGACCCACUUAAAUCAGCACAGAAGAACCCACACUGGUGAAAAACCUUUUUCCUGCUCAGAUUGUGGUCAAGGAUUCAGUCAUAAGAGUGUUUUAAAAGUACACACAAGAACCCACAGUGGUGAAAAACCUUUUUCCUGCUUAGAUUGUGGUCAAGAAUUCAGUUAUAAGAGUGCCUUAAAAGUACACACGAGAACCCACGCUGGUGAAAAACCUUUUUCCUGCUCAGUUUGUGGUCAAGGAUUCGCUCAAAUUCAACACUUAAAAGUACACACAGGAACUCACACUGGUAAAAAACCUUUUUCCUGCUCAGUUUGUGGUAAAAAAUUCACUCGGAAGACCUACUUAAAUCAGCACAGAAGAACCCACACUGGUGAAAAACCUUUUUCCUGCUCAGAUUGUGGUCAAGGAUUCAGUCAUAAGGGUGCCUUAAAAGUACACACAAGAACCCACACUGGCGAAAAACCUUUUUCCUGCUCAGUUUGUGAUCAAAGAUUCAGUCAAAAGAGCACGUUACAAAACCACGCAAGAACCCACACUGGCGAAAAACCUUUUUCCUGCUCAGUUUGUGGUAAAAAAUUCACUCAGAAGACCAACUUAAAUCAGCACAGAAGAACCCACACUGGUGAAAAACCUUUUUCCUGCUCAGAUUGUGGUCAAGAAUUCAGUUAUAAGAGUGCCUUAAAUGUACACACAAGAACCUGCACUGGCGAAAAACCUUUUUCCUGCUCAGUUUGUGAUGAAAAAUUCGCUCGCAAUGAUCGUAUUAAGAGACACGUGUGUAUUGGUGUGAGAAGUGGUGACCAAUGACUGUUUUGCCUGUCAUCAAUGCUGCCGUCAUCAGAUUGUACACGCAGGUCAAUUGUAGUAUGUAGAGUUUCCUCAAAUCCUGUUGAGGAUUGGCAGUAUUGGUGCGUUACAUGUGCUUUGUAUAAUUCUUGUAUGAUGUGGAUCCGCACUAUUCCCAAAAGUAUUGGCUCACCUGAUUAACUCAAGUUGAUGGGCAUUAUUUAUAUAAUACUCUUCCUCUUUCAAACCACACUUUUCACAGAUAAUAUUUGAAACAGUAGACCCCAAAUUACAAAAAUUCUAAAUCAUUCAUCAAUAAUGUAAUCACAUAAAUAUGGAAAAUCAUGAUUGGCUCACAAAUAUUAGUUUUUUGGGGGAGGGGUGAUUAUAUAUCAUUUAAAAAUUUACUAUUACCUCUCUCGAUUGACAGUGACAUAUUACGACAGAGUAUUGGGGCCAAAUAAAGGGAGGGGAAGAAAAUGACUACGAGAUUGAAGUUAUACUCCUACUACAAGAAAAAAAAAGUAUUAUUAUGUAGGAGUAAUGUAGCUGAAUAAGGGUCUACGUACUUUAUGUACAUUUACAUUAGCUGGGAGCUCCGACAAAGUAUUGGCACAAGUCAUUCGAUUGAUUAAAAUUUGAUGUAGAUGAGCUAAAAGAUAAUGCAUUUCCUUAUUUUGGAACCUGAUUCUUAAACACAGCCUCACAAGAUGCUUUCAUUUUCAUUGACUUUUGUGGAGGCGGCAAAGUGCUACAGAAAGUACGUGGCUGCUUAUUCAGUUACAUUACCCCUAUUAUAUUUAUCUAGCCUAAUACUUUGUCGUACAACUCGGAGAAUGAUCAUUAAAAUUGUUUGUGCUUUUAAUCAUUUCGGCCCUCGUCGAUGAAAAUCGACUCUGCUUUGCAUUUUAAAGAGCAUACGACACGAGAAAAAAAGUCUUAAAUAGCAUUAUUAUGUGAAUUAGAAUCAUAUUUUGAGACGAUUUGACUAUAUACAACAAUUUAGCAAAGCACAGAUGACGAGAAAUUACCCUUUUAAUCUGCCAGUUAGCCACGCCUACCAUUAUAGGGCUGUAGCGUCCCCAACAGGUGGAUGACGUCAGCGGUAGACUGGUCUCAUCGAUUUUACUAUUCAGCCCAUUGAGGGGGAAUUAUUCAGAACGAGGAAAACGCGACGAAGAAAGCCGCCAAAUGUCAUUGUUUCAGUCUCUCUACUCCAAUAUUUUUACAGGAUAUUCUUUUUAUCCAAGUAUUUUUCCCCAAUAGCAAUAUAAUGGCUUGAGAAGGACCAGUCAGCCCGUCGAGGGAGAACUAUUCAGAACGAGGAAAACGCGACGAAGAGAGCAGCAAAAUGUCAUUGUUUCUGUCUCUUUACUUCAAUAUUUUUACAGGAUAUUCUUUUUAUCCAAGUAUUUUUCCCCAAUAGCUAUAUAAAUGGCUUGAGAAGGACCAGUCAGCCCGUCGAGGGGGAACUAUUCACAAUGAGGAAAACGCGACGAAGAGAGCGGCAAAAUGUCAUUGUUUCUGUCUCUUUACUUCAAUAUUUUUACAGGAUAUUCUUUUUAUCCAAGUAUUUUCCCCAAUUGCUAAAUAAAUGGCAUGGUCAUGACAAAUAACAGUCUUGUGCUGAAUGGAAUAUGAAAUAAUAAAAAUGCAUUUAUUCAGGACGACAUGGCAAAAUUACUCCAUAAUGGUCAAAACUGUCGACUUCACCUUUACUGUCGCACCUCCCGAACUAUAUUUUAUGACACCUAAAUCGGACAUAUGUCAUUUCCCUUCCCCGGCUUCGGAGAAUGUAAACAAACCAGAAGGCCUGACAGCUAGCCGACAUGCUAACCCGAACCGAGUGAUGUUUCAAAGUCUUCAAAGCGGAAAAUCACACAUAACUAUCCUGGAUUAUUUGACAUGACGACCCGGUUGUCUAUUGUUGUCGCGGAUCGGCAAACCGCCUGGCGGAGAGCAAUUUGCAGUUCGUUCCCCGGAGGAGGGUGGCUGGAGUUGUUGUGCAGCUAACGGGCUGCUGCUAAUGACCAUUAGGACAGCUUUUUACAUGCCUAUCAAUGAUCAAACGUAAGUAGUCCUUCAUUUAAAGGAAGUUUGUAGUGUUUACUUUGUAAUCGCUGUAUUCGUAUUUGACAUAAUACAAAACAAGAUGUUUACUCACUUCCUCGUAAGUCCAAUGGUCCCGCAGUAAAUAUCCACGGUGAAUGGGAACCUUUUGAAACUCCAAAAAGGCGCAUACGCCUCUCCCUCAUACAGAAUGAUUUUUCUGCAGCCGUUUGGCUGGCGUGAUGCGAAAAAUAAACGUAUUAAUCCGCAAAAUCAGCUGAAUCCUUCGUCCCCAUACACAACAGUACGCUGUAUAGUGAAGAGGACGUCUUCUACCGUACACGUCACAGCGCCCUCCUCAAUGCAAGACCGAAGCCGGAAGUCACUCAUUUUCCUGGCGCGGGAUUCAAAAAACUAAAUAAAUAUAGCGAUCGCCUCCACACACAUCCAAGCGGUCCAUAUCAUUCAGGAGCAUAAAAUACCGCGUGUAUUAUGAAAUAAACAUGCUUUUUCGUGUCACAGGCACUUUAAAGUGCUUAUACUUCACUGUGCUAAUUUUAUUAAUUAUAAACAACUUGUUUUUAUUCAGUGCUCUUCCCUUUGUUCACAACAAGCCUAAUUAUAAUAUUAUAACUCAAAACUUGGAUUGUAACUAAAACCCAUACUUUGUUACCAAGUUGAUUCCAAGAUUCAGAAAAUGUGACGAGACUGCCUUUUGUGCAAUAUCCGAAGUAUCACCAAUACCGACGUGGCAGAUCUGGCCGCUUCUUUUGUGUGACAUACGAGGCUGCACAAGUUGCCUGACAAGAGGUCAAUUACACCAGGGGUCCCCAACCUUUUUUGCACCACGGAACGUUGUUUUUUUUUUUUUUGUUUUUUUUUUUACAGAC